GUCUGACAGAAUGGAUAAUAAAAUAAUUUUUUUUUUCUAUUUUGUUUUGAAAAGUUACAAGUCCCAUCAAUAGUGAGCUUAAUUGUAAAUUAUAAUUUUCAACAUAAAUAAUUAAAAAACUUUAAAACGAAGCAUUAAAAUGUCGAAAGCAUUUCAAAAAUUAGUUCUUGGAUGCGGUUUGUUGUCAUUAGCUCAUGCUGCAUAUUCAGCAGCACAACAUCGAACUUAUUUGAGAAUCACCGAACAAGAAUUUACUACGCUUCCACUUGAUAUAAUCCUUCAAGCUGUCAUUAGUCUCGCCAUCAUUAUUUAUUCAAUUUUAAGUUUGAAAUCUGAUUGGAAACUUAUUCACGCUACCGACCUUCAAGAAAAGUCGUCAUGGGAAACACUAUCAAAUAUCCAGUCAUUUUACACAUUUAACCACAGAGGAAAAGCUAUUUUCAAUCCACAUUACUUGCAGCCAGCUCCAGUAUCAAUGGAUUCACUUCAUUAAUUUAAUAAAUAUUUAAAAAAAAAUUAUUGUUCUUAUACAAAGUAAGGAAAAUAAAAUUUCUGUUUUAUUUGUGAAGGAAACUUUUAUGAAUUAUUACUUUACAUUUUCUCGGGUCUUGCUUCGUUGAGAUUUACAAGAUCCCGUAGGUUAUCAUUUAUGAUUUUUCUCAAAUUGUUCCUUCUAAUGUUCCAAUGAGAUCAUCCAGAGAUGAAUUAGCUGAUUUAAUUGAUUUGAGUGUGUCCGUUUCAGUGAUGUCUUCGAGAUUUUGAAGAAGAGUGUCGAUCGCUUCUGAUGUGCCAUAAACAUCUGUCUCUACAUCAUCCUCAAAUGCCGUGACCAGCUUAUAUUUUGAACUAUCUUGUUCUUUUUGUUGUUCAACUUCAGUGAUGGUCUGGUUGGAUUUGUCUUCUUCCUUGCCGUCAUUCUGCGAAUUGAAGAAUUUGAUGGAGCUGUUUUCAUUGAAUUUCUUGAAAAAUGUGUCAUCUCUACCCAGACGUCGAAACAUAAUUUCUUGAUUCCUAACCUGUUUUAGUAAAAUACUUUCUUCAGUUUUUGAUGUGCCUUUAUAGAUGUGGUAGUUCUUUUCAACUAUCUGUCGUGAAUGUUCAUCGCUUGCAAUUUCAUUCAAAGCAAGGACAUUUGAAGCCUGAUUUCCUAUUUUUUCUUGUAAAACUUUCUUUUUUAAGUUUUUUUUAAGAACAGUUCUCUUUAAGUUAGUAAUUCGUCCUAACUGCGGACCAUUCUGAUCUCUAUGCUUCUUUUUCUCGCCAGGUUUUUUAAAAUUUCUUUUCGGAAAAUGUUUUCUCAUUCUCAUCUUGGAAUAGAUUUCCGCAAAGCUUGUGGGUUUCCAUGUUGUCGAAGGAGUUUUUGAAUAAAAUAACUCCGGUGGAAGUGUGAAAUUGUCAAUAUUCAUAUUUUAUUAUCACAAGUUACUUUGUUUUAAUAUUUAAGUAA